UUGUGCUGCUUUUUUAGGCACGGCGAAGAUUUGAUCGUUACGCCAUUUGCCCAGAUACUCGCUAGUUUGCGAAACGUACGCAAUAGUCUGGUAGCUAUAGCGAAUAUACCGCCCGAUGAAAAUCGUUCAAGGCCAAUCCCGAAACGACCACCGCUUCAUAACACUGCUCUGCCCGAAAAUGUGUCGCAGUGUGCUCAGGAUACGCUCGAUGAGCUGGACUGGUGCUUGGACCAGCUGGAAACAAUUCAGACUCAUCGCUCGGUCUCCGACAUGGCGUCCAAUAAGGUCAGUUUGUCCAGUGGUCACUGGUAAAA